UCUCCUCACCCUGCUUGGACCCUGCCACAGAUUGCUGGGACCAUUUGGGCUUUCGGGACCUUGGACCAGGCCCUGGCCCAGUAGGAUGCCCCCGUGUCCUCCCCAGCAGAGCAGGAACAGGGUGACACAGUUGCCCACUCUGGAGCUGGGUGAGAUGGAAUUGACUUGGCAAGAGAUCAUGUCCAUCACUGAGCUGCAGGGCCUAAACGCUCCAAGUGAGCCAUCCUUCGAGCCCCCAGCCCCAUACCCUGGGCCCCCACCGCCUCCAAGUUACUGCCCCUGCUCAAUCCACCCGGAGGCUGGCUUUCCCCUUUCUUCACCACCUUAUGAGCUCCCAGCACCCACAUCUCAUGUCCCAGACCCCCCAUACCCCUAUGGCAACAUGACCGUACCAGCCUCCAAGCCACUGACCCUCUCGGGCCUGCUCAGUGACCCCCUCCCAGACCCCUUGGCCCUCCUGGACAUUGGGUUGUCAGCGGGGCCAUCCAAGCCCCAAGAAGACCCAGAAUCCGACUCAGGAUUAUCCCUCAACUAUAGUGACGCUGAAUCUCUUGAGCUGGAGGGGACGGAGGCUGGUCGGCGUCGCAGCGAGUACGUAGAGAUGUACCCAGUGGAGUACCCCUACUCACUAAUGCCCAGCUCCUUGACCCACCCCAACUAUGCCUUGCCACCUGCCGAGACCCCCUUAGUCUUAGAGCCCUCCUCGGGCCCCGUGCGGGCCAAGCCCACUGCACGGGGGGAGGCGGGGAGUCGGGAUGAGCGUCGGGCCCUGGCCAUGAAGAUCCCCUUCCCUACGGACAAGAUUGUCAACUUGCCAGUAGAUGACUUCAACGAGCUGUUGGCGCGGUACCCGCUGACGGAGAGCCAGCUGGCACUAGUCCGGGACAUCCGAAGGCGGGGCAAGAACAAGGUGGCCGCCCAGAACUGUCGCAAGAGAAAGCUGGAGACCAUCGUGCAGCUGGAGCGGGAACUGGAGCGGCUGGGCAGUGAGCGGGAGCGGCUCCUCCGGGCCCGAGGCGAGGCCGACCGGACCCUGGAGGUCAUGCGCCAACAGCUGACGGAGCUGUAUCGUGACAUUUUCCAGCACCUGCGGGAUGAGGCAGGCAACAGCUACUCCCCUGAAGAGUAUGCGCUGCACCAGGCUGCUGAUGGGGCCAUCUUCCUGGUGCCCCGGGGGACUAAGAUGGAGGCCACAGACUGAGCUGGCCGGAGGGGUGGGACUGGUGAUGGAGGUUUCCUUCAUUCUCUUCUGAUAAAGGUACUCCCCAACCGCGAGGCCCAGAAGGAGCUGAAUUCUGUAGACCAGGAGGGACCACAGUGGGAAAGCUGGCAUUUGGAAGGUCCAAGGUGUGUUUGGUGAGGCUUGCCUGGAGGUGAGGAUGUG